AUGAGGGCCACCAAGGCCUGGGUGCUCAGUCACCUGUCCAUGGCAGACCUCAGUGUGAACAGGGCUGUGUGGGAUGGAGGAGGGUGCAUCUCCGAAGGGGACCUCUGGGACCCUCAGUGCCAGCAGCUGUCUCAGAGCUUUGAGAAAGCACACCUGGGAACACUUUCACUGAAGCCAGUUCAUCUCCUACAGCUGCUGACGUCUACUCCAAGUGAAGGAAGCAAUUCAUUAACAACUAUGCCCCUCAGCAGCACACAUGUGACCAGUUCUGAGGCUAGCACACCUUCCACACCUUCUGUUGACACCAGCACACCUCACCACACGUAUGACCAGUUCUGUGGGCAGCAUGCUUUCAGCAACUUCUGUUGGCACCAGCACGCCUGUGACCACUACUACCCAAUUUACACCAGCACAUCUGUGACCACUUCUACCCAAGUCAGUUCAUCUCCUGCAACUCCUGAAGUCACCACCAUGCCAAUCUCUACUCCUAGUGAUGGAAGCACUCCAUUAACACCUAUUCCUGUCAGCACCUCACGUGUGACCAGUUCUGAGGGCAGCACCCUUUCAACAAUUUCUGUUGACACCAGCACACCUGUGACCACUUCUAUCCAAGUCAGUUCAUCUGCUACAACUCCUGAAGGUACCAGUAUUCCAACCUCGAUUCCUAGUGAAGGAAGCACUCCAUUAACAACUAUUCCUGUCACCACCACACGUGUGACCAGUUCUGAGGGCAGCACCCUUUCAACGUUUUCUGUUGACACCAGCACAUCUGUGACCACUUCUACCCCCGUCAGUUCAUCUCUUACAACUCCUGAAGUCACCACCAUGCCAAUCUCUACUCCUAUUCAUCUGCUACAACUCCUGAAGAUACCACACCCUUUCAACACCUUCAGUUUACACCAGCACAUCUGUGACCACUUCUACCCACGUCAGUUCAUCUCCUACAACUCCUGA